UCCUCUGUCGUACCACUCGUGCUGCUCCCACGGCGAGAAUAUAUCUACGCACAUAGCGACGGCGGACAUUCCCCAGUCCUGGUCUCUUCCCACUGACGGGUGCUGCAGCGGGUGCUUGGGUCGUCUGUCUUUUCGUUUCCAAAGUCUCCGCCAUGAACUCUACUGCCCCCGCCUACGAGUUGGCCGAGGUGCUGUACGCCAACACCGACUUCAGCAAGCUUAAUUGGUUCGAGGUGCAAUGGGCGGCGUGGUACAUCUGGCUCGGUAACCCCAUCAUUGCGACUGGUCUCAUGAGCUUCCUUCUUCACGAGAUCGUGUACUUUGGUCGUUGCAUCCCAUGGAUCAUCAUCGACUCGAUGCCGUACUUCCGCAAGUGGAAGCUUCAGGCCAACAAGAUUCCCUCGUCCCAGGAGCAGUGGGAAUGCACCAAGCAGGUCCUCUAUUCGCACUUCACGAUUGAGCUACCUAUGAUCUGGUUCUUCCACCCCAUGGCGGAGAUGUUCAACAUGUCGACAUGGCAGGUUCCGUUCCCGUCGUGGAAGAUUAUGGCUCCCCAGAUUGCAUUGUUCUUCGUCUUCGAGGACAUAUUCCACUACUUCGCUCACCAAGCACUGCACUGGGGCCCGCUCUACAAGCACAUCCACAAAAUCCACCACAAGUACUCUGCCCCGUUCGGCCUCGCUGCGGAGUACGCUCAUCCGGCUGAGGUUAUGAUCCUCGGUACUGGCACGAUUGCCGGUCCCCUUCUCUACUGCUACUUCUGUCGCGAUCUGCACAUCGUGACGAUGUACAUCUGGAUCACUCUCCGUCUGUUCCAGGCCGUCGACGCGCACAGCGGCUACGACUUCCCCUGGUCGCUGCAGCAUAUCGUUCCCUUCUGGUCCGGCGCUGAGCACCACGACUUCCACCACAUGGCAUUCGUCAACAACUUCUCCACCUCCUUCCGCUGGUGCGACCGCCUCUUCGGGACUGACGACAAGUACCGCCAAUACCGCUCGCGCGUCAAGGACAUGAAAAAGCGGAACAUGACAAGCGAGGAGCUCGCUGCCAUGGAGAAGCAGAUGAUGGCGGAGGUUGAGGAGGAGGGCGUCAAGGCCGAGGCUGUCGCUGAGUCGUACAAGUACGGCAGCAAGACGAAGGUGGCAUGAACCUUGCCUAUUGUGACGACGGAGUACUCGACCUGUAUACGAUACGAUAUCCCUCCUACGGUUAAUUAGCAUGUAAUAGACACAUGCUUCAUACACAGCACCAAAUGCUCUCCUUGCACGGUAUCGUGGCGUUGUCACUAUUUUAGCUCUCCCCGCUACCGCAUGGUGAUAGUUGAUCUCCUACGCGGCGCAAGUAGGACGUUGGACCAGGAGACCGAUGGUACAUGUCACCGAGGAGGUGGUGAGCUUGGUGGAUCAUCCUGUCAUCGUACAAGUUCAACUAUGCGCGCGUAGCAAGAUGGCACCCGUCACGCUUGUACAACCGGUCUAUGACCACAUCUACGUAGUGUUCAUGUCGCGCACAACCUGUCCCUCCCACCCAUAAGGUGAGCCGUUGGAUAUAGACGUGCAUGCUUAUGCUGACCCUCGCGGGUAAUUUUACAUAUAGC